UGCACAAAAAAGUAAUCCAAAACAACAAAUAGGAACGAACAUAUACUUUGCACCAGAAGCCAAGAAAUCCACAGCUAAAGAGAGAACAGAGCGUUAAAAGCAUGCAAAAGCUUCAAUGCCACAGAUACUGUAAAGUUGGCCUCAAAACUCAUCCUACAAAACCCCCAUCUCAGCUCCAUGCCAUUCUCAAAAUCCUCCUUCUUAGUGCUACUUACCUCCACACCAAAACACACAUAACACCAUACCACUUUGCCAUCAAUGGUAGGAACGAACCCGGGAUCGAAAAUCGGCCGAAACAGGGCGGUUGGCAGCAUGCUGGGACUCUCCUGUCUCAUGCUGCUGUCGCUCCAACAAGCUAGUGCAUUCCAGUUCACUGUCGGUGGCGCCAAAGGUUGGACGGUUCCUGACAAUUCCUCCGCCUUGAACUACAAUUCUUGGGCAGAACGCAACCGGUUCUCCACUGGAGACUCCAUCUUGUUCAUGUACAACCCUGAUCGCGACUCCGUGCUGGAAGUGAGCAAGGGCGACUACGACAACUGCACCACGACUUCACCCGUCGGGACAUACUCCGACGGCCACACCCUCUACACUUUCAACCACUCCGGCGCCCACUACUUCAUCAGCGGGAACAGGGACAACUGCCUGAACAACGAGAAGGUCGUCGUGGUCGUUCUGGCCGACAGGAGCAAGAAUGGAACUGCACCUGCUGCUUCCCCGCCAUCUCCUCAGUCACCAUCGCCUGCACCGGCCAUGGAUCAGUCACCUCCUCCCGGGAUAGUUCAGCUCACCCCUGCACAGUCUCCUGAAGGCGAGUCGCCCAACAAUGGAGCAUCGUCUUCCAUGGCUGCUGCAGCAGGGAUCGUCGGUUCAGUCGGAGCUUUCUUGGCCUCGUCCCUCGUGCUCGGAUUCUGAUUAUUGGUUCAACGGACCGAGUUCGCUUUCGUGGUUGCUUAACAUUCAUAACUUCUUGUUUCCUUUUUUACCCACACUUUUGUUAUCCUUCUUGUAUCAGAGAUGUUUUUCAUUGUUUGGUGUUUCAGUAUUUGUUUGUCGUGGAGAUGGCAAUAAGGUUAUGAACCAAACUGGUGUGUAUUUCAAGAGCAUGUUUGUAAAGAAAAGGAAAAAUAACUGAAAGAGAAGAGUGUUCUAAAACAUACCUUCUGCAUUUCAACGACGUUUCUUCCUUAACAAGGCUCCAGCGAGAAGAUCUCGGUCUCAAGUCUGAAAUCGACAGCCACAAUCCAUAGGCUUCGUGUUUCCGACUUCGAAAAUCGGAAAACGUAUUACAGAGGACUUCCAAUGGCAAAGCUGAUGAGUUAACAAAGAAUCAAAAGAUUCUUCGACCAUCUAUUUUCCGGUCAUUACUCCAAACACCAAUGCAGAAAUGGAUGAAGAUCACAAGCACCGUAACUAAACCAGAGCACGAUAAGGGCGCGGCACAGAGAGGAUAGGCACUGAACGUGCUUCAUGGUGUAUAUUAUGGAAGUGUCCCAUAAAUAACUGUUCUAUCCUGUUCUUGCUUGCUAAUGCUAAUUUAAUAAACCCU